AUGCCGUGGCUCAUGAAGGCCGAGCCCGACUCCAGAGUCUUCUCAGUCGACGAUUUCGAAGAGAUAGGCGUGUCCCCUUGGGACGGUGUCCGCAAUCAUGAAGCAAAGAAGAUAAUGAAAGAUAUGAUGAAGAAAGGGGACAAGGUCCUGUUUUAUCACAGCAACUGUAAGACCCCAGGGGUGUUUGCUUUGGCCGAGGUCGUUAGAGAAGGAUUUCCAGACUAUACUGCUUGGGAUCCAACACAUCCUUACUACGACGCAAGGUCCUCACAAGAGUCUCCGACGUGGUAUAUGGUCGAGGUCAAAUUCCAGAGUCGGUUAGCCCACCCUCCGACUCUUGCCUUGAUAAAAAACAUUGCGACACAAUCAGAUCUUCCAAGCGAAAUUGCCUAUGUCGGUCAAGAAGGUUUGGAGGCUAUCAAGGCUAUGGCGCUUGUCAACAGAGGACGACUCAGUGUCCAACCUGUUACAGAGACUGCCUAUGAGGCGAUUGUCAAACUGGGCAGCCAGGGGGGGUGGGAAAGCCUGUCGGGAAAAGCUGCGGGAAGCAAGAGUUCCAAGAAGGCAGAGACGACAAAAGCUGCGCCACCGUCUCAGAAGCACGUAAAGGAGGUGACAACAAAGUCACCAGCUGCGCCGAAAAGGUCCCCCUUGAAACAAGAAGAUGGCGAUCGCAGGCGCAGCAAGCGUACAAAGAAGUCGUCAAAAUAG